UUUUUGUUUUUUUAUGUGUUCCUUCUGGGAGCUGCCAUGCAGGCAGCUCAUUAAAACCAGGAAGGAUCUCAACCACAGCAGCGUGCGUGUGGAGUGGGGGUGAAUGAGCGGCCCAGGCUGAAGUUAUGGCUUUAAUAUGGCCGACAAAGGUCCAUUCCUAACUUCUUGUAUCAUUUUCUACCUGUUCAUCGGAGCCGCGAUAUUUCAGAUCCUCGAGGAGCCCAACUGGAUCUCCGCCAGAGACGCAUACAUCAGCAAGAAGGAGGACAUCCUGGCGAGGUUUACCUGCCUCACAAAAGAAGGGCUCGAUGAGAUACUGGAGAUUGCGUCAGAGGCCGCAGGCCAAGGUGUGGCCAUCACCGGAGACAAUCACCGCAACACAUGGGACUGGAGCAACUCUGUCGUCUUUGCUGCCACCAUUGUCACCACUAUAGGUUAUGGUAAUGUUGCUCCCAAGACCAAAAGUGGGCGAGUGUUCUGCAUCCUGUAUGGCCUCUGUGGGAUCCCCCUCUGCCUGGUGUGGUUAAGCACACUGGGUUCCUUCUUUGGUGACCGGGCUAAACGUCUGUCUCAAGUUCUGAUCCGGAAAGGUGUUACAGUGAAAAAGAUCCAGUUUACUUUAACAGCUUUAUUUCUUUUAUGGGGGCUGCUGGUUCACUUGGUGAUCCCUCCAUUUAUUUUCAUGGUUGUGGAGGGAUGGAGCUACUUGGAAGGCAUCUAUUUCUCCUUUAUUACACUCACAACAGUUGGUUUUGGAGAUUAUGUGACAGGUGUAAAUCCAGACAUAGAAUACCCUAGGCUCUACAGGGUAUUUGCCGAGCUGUGGAUCUACAUGGGACUCGCCUGGUUGUCCUUGUUCUUCAGCUGGAACGUCCAUAUGGUUGUAGAAGCUCACAAAGUGCUGAAGAAAAAGAGACAUCGGCACAGACACCCCUACGACGAGAAGCCAGAGCAUAAGAAGGAGAAGCAACACCUGGAUCAGAAGCAAACAGUCGUCGACAUCUUCAGCUAUCUUUCUAAGGAGGACGACGACUACAGCACCGUCAUCAAGAAGAUCGGGUUAGCAGCGAGGAGAAAACAGCAGGUGGACAGCAUAAACCGCUCAAAGAGCUGCAGCGACAUCUUGGCCAACAACCUUCCCAUUUUGGAGCACUCGCCGCUGCACAAACGAAAUUUCAGUUUUCACGACGUGUUUGUGAGCGCGGAGUUGGGCGACAAUGACCUUGAGCAAGAAAAGGAGAAUCUUUUGAGACAUGAAAGUGUCAAAAAACCUGAGCUGACAGCGUGCGUCAAAAAGGACCAUGGGGAGACCAAGAGUAAUAGGUCUUCUGAAUCAGAACCGAUCUUUUUUUCUGUACCAGCCAAAGAUGAAACGGAGGAGAAAGUGCAGCAUCCUAAGGGUGGGGAGACUAGGUUUACAAUUUAUAAAGUGGCAGAGAACGAUAUGUCUUCAGAUAAUCACGAAAACGGGUAAGUGAUACUUAUUCCCCCAACAGGAAUAGUGAGACUGAUUUCAGUUGCAUUUGUCCAAAAUUUCUAAACAAAGUUUGUAAAACUUUGUGGAAAGGUAGC